GUGAUCGAAAUAAAGCAGGGAUGCGGAGGAAAGGAAGAAAUUAGAGACAGAGAGAGAGAGAGAGAGAGAGAAAGAGAGAGAGACUGUUCCGUGCUUGAAUGCGACUCACCUAAAAAUUCACAGCGUAGAUUGAGAAGAAAAGACGAGGAAGAAAGAAAGAGAGAGGAGAGUAAGACCGCUGUGUGAAACGAGCCCGGGUCGCUACUAUCAUCCGAAACACGGUGUCUGUUUCACCGACGUAGCGAGCAGCCUCACCGCGCCUCCUGCGCAUAAUCCUUGGCUCCGCACUGCUGCUGCCCGCCCGGGGAGAACUCUACCCGCAUCUCCCAGCAAGACCCGGAUUGGAUGCCUCUUCUUUCUGUGAGAACAGGUUUUGAUUCCAUCUGCUCCUGAUCUGUUUGUUAUCCUGCUGUAAUCCAGCUGGAUCCAGAUGAUGAAGCGCUUACUGUGGCUGCUUGUCCUCAACUCAGUGGCCCUGAAGGAAGCUGCUGGUGGUGACGUGUGUGUAUCGGGGCAUGACAGCGGGCCCGUGUUUGAAGAACAGCCAAGCAGUUUAAUUUACCCAGAGGGCCUGAUUGAAGGCAAGGUGACCCUGAGCUGUCAGGCCAGAGCCAGUCCAGCUGCUUCCUACAGAUGGCUUGUGAAUGGCACAGAGGUCCCGCUGGGUUUGGACCUGCGCUACACCCUGGUGGCCGGAAAUCUAGUGAUCAGCAGCCCCGAAUCUAUUCGUGACACAGGCUCUUAUCAGUGUCUGGCCAUCAACCGCUGUGGCACCAUCAUCAGCCGAGCAGCUAACCUAAAAUUUGGCUACCUCAAUGACUUCCCUCCGGACAGCAGGAGUCCUCAAACAGCAUAUGAGGGCAUAGGAACUUUCCUGGCCUGCCAGCCCCCACCACAUUACCCAGCUCUCUCCUAUCGCUGGCUAAUCAACGAAUUUCCCAACUUCAUCAAGAAGGACGAUGGCCGCUGGUUCGUGUCCCAGGUAUCGGGGAACUUGUAUGUGGCCAAAGCAGAGCCCAAUGACACUGGGAACUACUUCUGCUUCACCACCAUCAACAUGGACAUCAGCACCAAGAGCACAUUCAGCAAGGCCAACCAGCUCACUGUGCUCCCUGACGGCUUCACACUCGUAAACACCCUCGUCAUCGAAGGAGAGUUCUGGCAGGUUGAGGGUGGGGCCCUCUGCACUGGAGCCCGCCUUGGACGGCAUCAAACCGUCCACCUUCCUCCAUCGCAGUUUUGGGACUGGACUAUGAGACAAAAUAUAGAGAGAGGAGUUGGAGGGGACACCGUACAGGAAGAAGAUGUGGACCGGGUGGAGGUAAACGGGGUUCGUCUUAAGAUCAGUAACCUGGCCCUGGAGGAUUCUGGGAUGUACCAGUGUGUGGCUGAGAACAAACAUGGCACUAUCUACUCCACUGCUGAGCUCAGAGUCCAAGUUCAGGCUCCAGACUUCAGGCUGAAUCCAGUAAGGAAACUGAUCCCAGCAGCCAGAGGGGGGCAGGUGAUGAUUGAGUGUCGCCCACGGGCUGCCCCGAAGCCCAGCCUGUUCUGGAGCCGUGGGACAGAGCUGCUCACUAACGGCAGCAGAGUCACAGUAACUCCAGACGGAAUCUUGUGGAUCCACAACAUCAGCAGGGCAGACGAAGGGAAAUACACCUGCUUUGCUGAGAACUACCUGGGCAAAGCCAACAGCACGGGACACCUGUCUGUCAGAGAUGCCACUAAGAUCACGCUGGCUCCCUCCAACGCUGACAUCAAUCAGGGGGAGAAUGUGACGCUGCAGUGUCAUGCCUCCCACGACCCCACCAUGGACCUGACCUUCACCUGGGCCCUCAAUGGUGUCCUCUUGGACCUGGAGGACUCUGCCGGGCCGUACCACCGGGUGGAGGGGGUAAGUAGUCCUCUGAUGCACGAUGGAGAGCCCCCCGGGACCUCCUGGAGGUUUACUGACCCAGUUAACAUCGAGGGGAACGCAGAGUCGGCUCGAGUGAUGGGUCUGAUGCCCUGGAUGGAUUAUGAAUUCCAGGUCAUUGCCAGCAACAUCCUGGGCAGCGGAGAGCCCAGCAUGCCCUCACACACCAUCCGCACACAGCAAGCAGCUCCCACAGUGGCCCCCAGUGGACUUGGAGGAGGAGGAGGAGACCACAAUGAACUCAUUGUUACCUGGACGCCCAUGGCCAGAGAGUACCAGAACGGCGAUGGCUUUGGCUACGUCCUGGCAUUCAGGAAGAAGGACACGUCAUCUUGGACGGUGGUGCGUAUACCUCACGUGGAGUCUUCCCGAUACGUUUACUACAACGACAGCCUGACUCCAUACAGCCCCUUUGAGGUGAAGAUCAAGGCUUAUAACCGCAGGGGGGAAGGUCCUUUCAGCCAGAUCGCUGUGGUCCACUCUGCAGAGGAAGAGCCAACGGUGGGACCGUCCAGCAUCAAUGCCACGGCGCUGACCGCCUUUGAGAUCCAGGUUUCAUGGGAGGCCGUCCAGCAGCUCAGCGCCAACGGCAUCCUCAGAGGAUAUGAGACACAGAUGUACAAACACACCCAGACUCACACAGGAGUCUUCCCCUCAGCUCCUAAUCGUCGUCCUGGCAACGUGUCAUGGAAAACUGAUGGCUCGUGGGUAACUGUGAGGUGGGACCAUGUGAAAGCCAUGCACAAUGAGUCAGUUGUACUGGGCUACAAAGUUCUGUACAAACAUGAGGGCCAGACAGCGCUGAAGGUUCUGGACAAGGCGAAGACAUCGGUGAGCCUGCCGCUGCCAAAGGACAAUGGUUACGUUGUGUUGGAGAUCCGGUCCUGGGGAGAGGGCGGGGACGGCCCGGCACACGAGAUUAUUGUGUCCCGGGACUCAGGAACUGGUAUGAUGGUGCAGAAUGAUUCCUCCUCCACACUCUCCAAUCACCCCCUACACCUCCUCGCUGGCUUGGUUCUGCUCACUCUUGCGUCGUUGUCAGGCCUGUGAUCUCAGCCUGUCUGUGGACUUUUUACUUUUAAUGGCUUGAAACUGAAGCUGUCCUGUGUCUCAGCCUGUGUUUUGGGUUGGGGUGGGUUCCAGCGGUCGGGGGGAAGGUUGUAGCACUGCAGGGAUUGGAGGGGCGGGGAAGGAAGGAGGUAUUUUCCUUUUUUAAAAUAAUAAAAACAAAUAGGGUCUUUUUGGUUUAUGUAUUUGUGUCAGUAAAACCAUGCCUUAUGGGGACCAUCACAUCUGUGGCUGACGCGUCUCACACUUGCGUCCUUCAAACUGUAGCUGGCGAGACACGCAAACUUCAGGUGUAAAUUAUUCAUAGAAUUGAUGGUGUGUAUAGCUUGUGUACAAACAGUACAGUGUUACAUGUGAUGGCUGUUUGUUCACACUGAGAGCAACCUGGCUGAUAAUCCCUGCACUCUGACCGACUGUGGGUGGUGUGACAGCCGUAAAAAUCAAAACAGAUUUAAGUACAAGAUUUUGACAUUAGCUCUGUCAGGUAAUAAAUCCACAUAACAUUAAUUACAGUUGUUACAAGUGAAACUCAAAGCUAUCAGUUUUCACUGCACUUCAGUCCCUGAAAGCAACAUCCUCUAAAUAUAGUUAUAUGACGAAUAUAAUCAAAAUCCAUCUGACUGAGAAGAUGUGGACACACAUUACAGCAGUGGUUAAACAAAUGGCACAGCUUUAUUUAAACAAGUUAACAAUAAAAAUGCAAAAAAUAAAAGGGCAAACUUCAGAACACAAUCAGUGAGCAAAGAUACUGUACUACAGUGGUUCCCAAACUUCUUUCAUUAAGGUACCCCCACUGAUAUAUGUUCUCAGCCAAGUACCCCCUGACCACUGCAAAAUAUUUUUGGCAAAAAAAUAAAUAAAAAAUACAAUGCUGUGCAACAGUGUCGGAAUUAUAUAAGACUUAAUUGCUCCAUUUCAAGUGUUUACAAUCCAUCACUAAAUUUAUGGCAAACCAGUUUUUUAUAUCAUAAUGCAAUAACACUAAGACGGCAUUGAAGUUGCCUUGAACUGCGACUUUUUGAUGAGUUGCACUUCAGUUUUCUGUCUGGGAAACAUGAGUUUGUUCUUCACUGAAGAUCUUGGUCAUUCUCUAUGGCAGCAGUCAAAUUCUAUUCCAGAGGUUUUACUGCAGUUGACAGUUUAGGGCAGUUAACAUUGCAUUGAAAAUACGAAUACUGAGUAUAAAAUGCAAUUCAUGUAACUUACUUU